AUGGUCAAGAAACGCAGGAUUGAAAAUAAGCCGUGGUGCUGGUACUGCGAGAGGGAAUUUGAGGAUGACAAGGUGUUAAUCUCGCACCAGAAAGCCAAACACUUCCGCUGUACGCUGUGUCCACGUCGGCUGAACACUGCCAAUGGUCUAGCGGUGCACUGCCAACAAGUACACAAGCUCGAGGCUGACAGGAUUGAAAAUGCGCUGCCAGGGAGAUCUACCUUUGAGAUUGAAAUAUUCGGUAUGGAGGGUGUACCCGCACCAGACAGAGCCGAGUAUGAGCGCAAGAGGGCUGAGGCUAGAGGCGUCGAUCUCAACAAGAAGAACGCUCCUUCUAAGCGCCAGCGUAUCUUUAAGGGCGUUAUCAGCGACGCGGAUUUCUACUCGCAGCUACAGGCACACCGACACAUUAUGAGCGGUGGCAAAAUGCUCGCUCCACCUGGUGCUGUGCCUAGUGCAGGCAACCCAGGCAACCCAGGAAGCUCAGGCACUCCGACCAACCCCACCAACCCAGCCCCUCUCACCAGCUAA